CCCGGAAUCCCAGCGCCCACGACUGCGACAAUGCUCGUGACCUCCACCGCGAAGUCACCGCCGCGCGGCGACGCGAAGACCUCAGUGAGCCCCAGCGCCGGGCACCCGCCCGUCUCCAGCCUGGUGUGACUCUCCUCAGCUGCUUGCUCUUUCUUUUUGGCUUACUAGGACUCGAAGCAGCGGAGGCAGCCACAAAGUUGAGGCGCUCGCCCGAGUGGGCAAGUUUGGGCGUUCCGAACUGGGGAGUGGUUAGGUUGGCAGCCGCCGCCAGGCUCGCCCCAGACCGGGAGCGCUUGCCCACAGCACUCACCCCCUCCAGCGGCGGAAAUAUGAAGUCAGGGGGAAGCGGUGUCAGGAGCUGACUCGCCCUAAAGCGCUCGGCGCUGCUGCCGGGAAAUGGGAAGCAAAGUGUUUGGGGGACUAAGUCCGGCCUCGGAGAUGCUCAGAAAGCGGCUGCCAAGGCCCAGGCGCAUCGCCCACGCGGCGGAGUUGGAAGUGUCCGCUGUGCAAACCGCUGCGUCGCCACCUAGGCGAGGGGCUGGGGGCGCAGCCUGUAUGUAGCUCGUUCGGGCCACUCACGGCCCCGCCGAGCCUUCACAGCUGCUGUGCCUCUCCUUUUGGCUCUGCAAGUGCCCCCUUCAGUCCGGAGAGGCGCUCGGGCCGCCUGAACUGCCCGCCGCACCUGGUCGUCCCUCCUCCUAUUCCCCCCGUGAGGCGCCCUCCCCCGCCCCCUCGCUCCCCUCCCCCAAACCACAGCCCGAGCUCGCUCCUGCGCGCGCGCUCUCCCGGGCCCAAGUGAAUAGUCCUCGCGCGAGCGGGACACGGUGGUGGAUGCAAUUCCGCUCGCUUACAGCCGCCAGGAGCUCCCUGGCGCCGCAGGCAGCGUCCUCCUCCGAAGCAGCUGCGCCUGCACCUGGGCAGCCUGGACCUUCGUGCCCUGCCCCCGGGGCCUCACGCGGGGGGCGCCCCGGGACACCUCCUGCGGGCCGGGUGGAGGAGGAAGAGGAGGAGGAAGAAGACGUGGACCGGGACCCCUACCCCACGCAGAACACUUGGCCCCGCUGCUGUCAGUUCUCUUUAAGUGGGAGAAGAAGAGAGCCGGGGAGAGUCAUGGGGGGCUGCGAAGUCCGGGAAUUUCUUUUGCAAUUUGGUUUCUUCUUGCCUUUGCUGACAGCUUGGCCAGGCGACUGCAGUCACGUCUCCAACAACCAAGUUGUGUUGCUUGAUACAACAGCUGUACUAGGAGAGCUAGGAUGGAAAACAUAUCCAUUAAAUGGGUGGGAUGCUAUCACUGAAAUGGAUGAACACAAUAGGCCCAUUCACACCUACCAAGUAUGCAAUGUAAUGGAACCAAACCAAAACAACUGGCUUCGUACGAACUGGAUCUCCCGUGACGCAGCUCAGAAAAUUUAUGUGGAAAUGAAGUUUACAUUGAGGGAUUGUAACAGCAUCCCAUGGGUUUUGGGGACUUGCAAAGAAACAUUUAAUCUGUAUUAUGUGGAAUCAGAUGAGUCCCAUGGAAUUAAAUUCAAGCCAAGCCAAUAUACAAAGAUUGACACAAUUGCUGCUGAUGAAAGUUUUACACAGAUGGAUUUGGGUGAUCGCAUCCUGAAGCUAAACACGGAAAUUCGUGAGGUGGGGCCUAUAGAAAGGAAAGGAUUUUAUCUGGCUUUUCAAGACAUUGGGGCAUGCAUUGCCCUGGUCUCGGUCCGUGUUUUCUACAAAAAGUGCCCCUUCACUGUUCGUAACUUGGCUAUGUUUCCCGACACCAUCCCAAGGGUUGAUUCUUCUUCUUUGGUUGAAGUAAGGGGCUCUUGUGUGAAGAGUGCGGAAGAGCGUGAUACUCCUAAACUAUAUUGUGGAGCUGAUGGAGAUUGGCUGGUUCCCCUUGGAAGGUGUAUCUGCAGUACAGGAUAUGAAGAAAUCGAAGGUUCUUGCCACGCUUGCAGACCAGGAUUCUAUAAAGCAUUUGCUGGGAACACAAAAUGUUCUAAAUGCCCUCCCCACAGUUUAACCUAUGUGGAAGCAACUUCUGUCUGUCAAUGUGAAAAGGGUUACUUCAGAGCUGAAAAAGACCCACCUUCCAUGGCAUGUACCAGGCCACCUUCAGCUCCUAGGAAUGUGGCUUUUAACAUCAAUGAAACGGCCCUUAUUUUGGAAUGGAGCCCACCAAGUGACACAGGAGGGAGAAAAGAUCUCACAUACAGUGUAAUCUGUAAGAAAUGUGGCUUAGACACCAGCCAGUGUGAAGACUGUGGUGGAGGACUCCGCUUCAUCCCAAGACAUUCUGGCCUGAUCAACAAUUCUGUGAUAGUACUUGACUUUGUGUCUCACGUGAAUUACACCUUUGAAAUAGAAGCCAUGAAUGGAGUUUCUGAGUUGAGUUUUUCUCCCAAGCCAUUCACAGCUAUUACAGUGACCACGGAUCAAGAUGCACCUUCCCUGAUAGGUGUGGUAAGGAAGGACUGGGCAUCCCAAAAUAGCAUUGCCCUAUCAUGGCAAGCACCUGCUUUUUCCAAUGGAGCCAUUCUGGACUACGAGAUCAAGUACUAUGAGAAAGAGCAUGAGCAGCUCACCUACUCCUCCACGAGGUCCAAGGCACCCAGUGUCAUCAUCACAGGCCUCAAGCCGGCCACCAAGUACAUAUUUCAUAUCCGAGUGAGGACUGCAACAGGAUACAGUGGCUACAGUCAGAAGUUUGAAUUUGAAACAGGAGAUGAGACUUCUGACAUGGCGGCCGAACAGGGACAGAUUCUCGUGAUAGCCACCGCGGCUGUUGGGGGAUUUACUCUCCUCGUCAUUCUUACUUUGUUCUUCUUAAUCACUGGGAGGUGCCAAUGGUACAUAAAGGCCAAAAUGAAGUCAGAAGAGAAGAGAAGAAACCACUUACAGCAGAAUGGGCAUUUACAUUUCCCAGGAAUUAAAACUUACAUAGAUCCAGAUACAUAUGAAGACCCAUCCCUAGCAGUUCAUGAAUUUGCAAAGGAGAUUGAUCCCUCAAGAAUUCGCAUUGAGAGAGUCAUUGGGGCAGGAGAAUUUGGAGAAGUCUGUAGUGGGCGUUUGAAGACACCAGGGAAAAGAGAGAUCCCCGUUGCCAUCAAAACUUUGAAAGGUGGCCACAUGGAUCGACAAAGAAGAGAUUUUCUAAGAGAAGCUAGUAUCAUGGGUCAGUUUGACCACCCAAAUAUCAUUCGACUAGAAGGUGUUGUCACAAAAAGAUCCUUCCCGGCCAUUGGGGUGGAGGCGUUUUGCCCCAGCUUCCUGAGGGCAGGGUUUUUAAAUAGCAUCCAGGCCCCGCAUCCAGUGCCAGGGGGAGGAUCUCUGCCCCCCAGGAUUCCGGCUGGCAGACCAGUAAUGAUUGUGGUGGAAUAUAUGGAGAAUGGAUCCCUAGACUCCUUUUUGCGGAAACAUGAUGGCCAUUUCACUGUCAUCCAGUUGGUCGGUAUGCUCCGAGGCAUUGCGUCAGGAAUGAAGUAUCUUUCUGAUAUGGGUUACGUUCAUCGUGAUCUAGCAGCUAGGAAUAUAUUGGUCAACAGCAACUUAGUAUGCAAAGUUUCUGAUUUUGGUCUCUCCCGGGUGCUGGAAGAUGAUCCAGAAGCUGCUUAUACAACAACUGGUGGGAAAAUUCCCAUAAGGUGGACAGCCCCCGAAGCUAUUGCCUACAGAAAAUUCUCCUCAGCAAGUGAUGCAUGGAGCUAUGGCAUUGUCAUGUGGGAGGUCAUGUCCUAUGGAGAGAGACCUUAUUGGGAAAUGUCUAACCAAGAUGUCAUUCUGUCCAUUGAAGAAGGUUACAGACUUCCGGCUCCCAUGGGCUGUCCAGCAUCUCUACACCAGCUGAUGCUUCAUUGUUGGCAGAAGGAGAGAAAUCACAGACCAAAAUUUACCGACAUUGUCAGCUUCCUUGACAAACUGAUCCGCAAUCCCAGUGCCCUUCACACCCUGGUGGAGGACAUCCUUGUAAUGCCAGAAUCCCCUUGUGAAGUUCCAGAAUAUCCUCUGUUUGUCACAGUCGGUGACUGGCUGGAUUCUAUAAAGAUGGGGCAAUAUAAGAAUAACUUCAUGGCAGCAGGGUUUACGACUUUUGACCUAAUUUCAAGAAUGAACAUUGAUGAUAUUAGAAGAAUUGGAGUCCUACUCAUUGGACACCAGAGACGGAUAGUCAGCAGUAUACAGACUUUACGUUUACACAUGAUGCACAUACAGGAGAAAGGAUUUCAUGUAUGA